AUGCCCCCACCACCGAGACACAUGCCCCCAGGGUCACCAUCAAGGAGUGGUGCCCCUGGACUGCUGACUGGUCCUACCCCUGGACCGCUGGCUGGCUAUGCCCCUCGACCUCCAGUUGGUCCUGCCCCCACCCCUGUGAAGUCACAUGCACAGCGGGCCUACAAGCACAUUGACAAUGAUGAGUCGGAGUCGGAGUCAGAGCUGUCCAUAACAGAUGGCGACAAUGAGCCCGAUGAAGCCAAGGUCCAGCAGCUCAACAAGCAGUGUCAGAGGAACCACAGCCUGAUGAACUUGCCCAGGCAAGGAGCAUCGAGGAGCGACGACAAGGGGAAGACAGUGCCGCAGCCAUCGGACACCAAUAAUGAUGUCUCGCCCACCCUGCACAACUGGCCUGAUACGUUCCCCCUACCGGUCAACACGCAGCUGUGA